AUGGCAUCACUGGCUGCAAAGCUAAUUAUGUUUCUGUCUCUACUUAAGAGACAUCCUGGCUCAGCUGCGGCUCUGGAUAGUUGCAUUUACUUGGGUGAAGAGGAGGAAAUCAGUCUUUAUGAAGAUGGAGAUGUUGUUAUAGGGGGGUUAUUUCCUCUACAUUACAGUCCAGUGUCCUUUCAUAUAACAUACAAAUCAAAACCAUUGCCCAAUACAUACAAUUAUUUCAGCCCUCGUGCAUUGCGGUGGAUGCAGACCAUGACUUUUGCAAUCAAAGAGAUCAACCAGCGCCAUGAUCUCCUGCCACACCUCAAGCUCGGGUUCCACAUCCGUGACAGCUGCGACGACGUGCCCGUAUCCUUGAGAUCAGCUUUCCUGUUGGUCAAUGGAAAACCAGAGAGGAACUUCAAAAAUGACAUCGUGAAGAAGAGUGAAAGUGAUUUAGGCUGCGCUGGUGUGAACAGAACUGUAUCCUCUGUAAUCAUAGGAGACGCUGGUUCCGGGGUAUCUAUAGCUCUGCUGCAAAGUCUAGGCUCUUUUCAUAUUCCGCUGGUGAGUUAUUUUGCAUCCUGCAGCUGUUUGAGUAACCAAAAGGAAUUUCCUACUUUCAUGCGCACAAUGCCGAGUGAUGCCUUCCAAAUAAAAGCACUGGCCCAGCUGGUCAGCUUCUUUAGCUGGACUUGGGUGGGAGUCAUUGGUGCGGAAUCUGAUUAUGCCCGCUCUGCCAUCCAGCUUUUCCUUCAGGAAUCCGUGCACUUUGGUGUUUGUGCUGCAUACACACACUUCUACCCAGUGGGGCUCAACCAGCAGGAUCUUGAUACGCUUAUGAAAGUCAUUCAGAUGACAUCUUCAAAGGUCAUCAUAAACUUCUCUGGCGAGGCAGAGAUGCAGGGCAUUCUAAGAGAAAUCCGACGACGAAAUAUAACCGGCUUCCAGUGGAUUGCCAGUGAGGCGUGGGCAACUGCCAGGUCACUUUGGGAAAAAUCUGACAAUCUCCUUCUGGGAACACUAGGUUUUGCCAUUCAGAAAGCUGCUGGGAUUCCAGGGCUGCAGCAGUAUCUCAUGGAUUUACCUCCAUCGUCCAUUCAUGAGCUACCUUUCUUGGCAGAAUUUUGGGAAGAAACGUUUGACUGUCAACUUAAUGGUUCGGUGAACACGCACCGUCACGGGUCGGAAAACUACCGGGACAGAGUGUCAUGUAAAGGGACAGAAUUAUUAAAUGAUGUUUAUUCUCCUUAUUCUGAUGUGACACAACUCAGAGUUUCCUAUAAUGUCUAUAAGGCAGUUUAUCUGGUUGCUCACGCCUUGCAAGACAUGAGUAACUGCAACGAUGGAGAGGGUCCUUUCCUCAAUAAGACAUGUGCAAACCCUCAAAGAUUCAAACCUUGGCAGCUUCUCCACUACAUGAAGCAUGCAAAUUUUUCAGUGCUAGGAAAGACAGUCAACUUUGAUAAAAAUGGAGAUCCCAUUGCUUAUUAUGACCUGAUGAAUUGGCAGAGGAAACCCGAUGGGUCUCUAAAUUUGGUGAAAGUAGGUUUCUUUGAUGGCUCGUUACCCGAUGGUGUCCGCUUGGUCAUAAACGAGUCCAUGAUCCUGUGGCCUGCAGGAAAGCAGUCAAUCAGAUCAGUAUGCAGCAACAGCUGUCCUCCAGGUUUUCGUGUUGCUAGGAGGAAGGGCGAACCUGCUUGCUGUUAUGACUGCGUCCCAUGUGCUGAGGGAGAAGUUAGUAACAACACUGAUUCAGUAGAGUGUUUACAUUGCUCCGAGGACAGGUGGCCUAAUGAAGCCAGAGAUCGUUGCAUCCCAAAGACUGUAGAGUAUCUCUCUUACAGCGAGUCUAUGGGUAUCCUGCUGUGUGUUGUAUCUGUCCUUGGAGCUUGCAUUUCCCUUGCAAUCAUUGCCAUAUUCUACAAACAUAAAGACACGCCACUAGUUCGGGCAAACAAUAUGGAGCUUAGCUUCCUUCUCUUGGUGUUUCUCACCAUCUGUUUCCUGGUUGGCCUUCUGUUCCUUGGCGAGCCUUCAGACUGGCUCUGUCGGAUCAGGUAUCCAGCAUUUGGGAUCAGUUUUGCACUCUGCAUUUCGUGCCUCCUGGCCAAGACAUCAGUGGUCUUAAUGGCAUUCAGGUCCAGAUUACCAGGUAGUAAUGUCAAGAAGUGGUUUGGAUCCAAGCAACAGAGAGCAGGCGUGCUUGUGGGAACAUCUGUCCAGGUACUCAUCUGUGUAAUCUGGCUGAUUACUAGUCCACCUCAUGCCAAUUCUAACACAGAUUACCACAGUGCCACAAUCAUCAUUGAAUGUGUGACUGGUUCAGAUGUUGGCUUCUGGCUUGCCCUUGGCUACAUCGGCCUUCUGGCCUGCUUGUGCCUAAUUAUGGCCUUUCUGGCUCGAAAGUUGCCUGAUAAUUUUAACGAGGCUAAGUUAAUCACAUUCAGCAUUUUGAUAUUCUUUGCAGUCUGGAUUACUUUUAUACCAGUUUAUGUUAGCACAGCUGGAAAAUACACUGUAGCUGUCCAUGUUUUUGCCAUUUUGGCCUCAGCACUCAGCCUUCUCUUCUGUCUGUUUGUCCACAAGUGUUACAUCAUUUUGUUGAAACCUGAAAAGAACAGCAGGAAAAAUAUCAUGCAGAGAUAA